CGAGCCGGCGCUGGCCGAGCUGCGGGAGCCGCCGAGAGCACCAGCCGCCGCCGCCACCGCCGCCGCCGCCGCCGCGGGAGCUGCUCCAGCCGCACCAUGCGAGAACUGGCCAUCGAGAUCGGGGUCCGAGCCCUGCUUUUCGGGGUCUUCGUUUUCACAGAGUUUUUGGAUCCAUUCCAGCGAGUCAUCCAGCCAGAAGAGAUCUGGCUCUAUAAAAACCCUUUGGUGCAGUCAGACAACAUACCUACCCGCCUCAUGUUUGCAAUUUCUUUCCUCACACCUCUGGCUGUUAUUUGUGUGGUGAAAAUUAUCCGGCGAACAGACAAGACUGAAAUUAAGGAAGCCUUCCUAGCGGUGUCCUUGGCUCUUGCUUUGAAUGGAGUCUGCACAAACACUAUUAAAUUAAUAGUGGGAAGACCUCGCCCCGAUUUCUUUUACCGCUGCUUUCCAGAUGGAGUGAUGAACUCGGAAAUGCACUGCACAGGGGACCCCGACCUGGUGUCCGAGGGCCGCAAAAGCUUCCCCAGCAUCCACUCCUCCUUUGCCUUUUCAGGCCUGGGCUUCACGACGUUCUACUUGGCUGGCAAGCUGCACUGCUUCACCGAGAGUGGGCGGGGGAAGAGCUGGAGGCUCUGCGCGGCCAUCCUGCCCCUGUACUGUGCCAUGAUGAUCGCCCUGUCCCGCAUGUGCGACUACAAGCAUCACUGGCAAGAUUCUUUUGUGGGCGGAGUCAUUGGCCUCAUUUUUGCCUACAUUUGCUACAGACAGCACUACCCCCCUCUGGCCAACACAGCUUGUCACAAACCCUACGUCAGUCUCCGGGUCCCCACGUCGCUGAAGAAAGAUGAGAGCCCCACAGCCGACAGCGCGCCCAGCCUGCCCCUGGAGGGCAUCACAGAGGGCCCCGUAUGACCCGAGCCUCGGAGGAUGGACGCUGAGCCCAGGGCACGCUCUUCCACCCCGACCCCAUACCGCAAUAGAAGGGGUUUUCUCUAGUGUGUUUCUCAUCAGUUACUCCUCAAAGUUAUCCUUCUGUUUCCAUUUUGCCGAUGGUGUUCCUGCUACUUUAAACGUCUACUUUCAACUCUCCCGAACGUGCAAAGGAAGGACCCAGGAACAUGAUCCAGGAGACGCGUGUGGAAAGAGGCUGCAAGGGUGGGCGGAUGCAGCUUGGGCGGUUCCUCUAUCUGAAAUGUUUGCUGUCACAGCCCCCGUCCUAUGUUUUCAUGGGUGUAAAACAUAAUAAAACCUCCCACUUGGAA